AUGUCGUCGUUCGCCGGCAUAACUCUCUUGGCCGAGGGCGACCUGAGCCCUUCCACCGCCAACGCCAUUGACACUAGCACGGACUACGGCUACCACCUGCUUGUGGUCCAAGACUACUUGCUUACCAAAGAACUGACACCCAGCGGAAGGGGUCUUUGCUCCCGUGCUUUCGUCGUAGGAGGCCAUACAUGGUACAUCGAGUACUACCCUAACGGGGAGAGCUCAAAAUGUGCCGACUACAUUUCUCUGCAUGUCUCAGUUCUUGAUAAUGAUGAGGAUUACCAGAACACUGUGAAAGCAAAGGUGUGUGUCAGUUUCAUCGACCAGGUUGAGAAGCACAAGCCAAUGUACAUCCGUGGAACUGGAACGCGCACCUUCGGCGGCUAUGCUUUUAUGCGGCUCGACAAGUUUAUGAAAAAAGACGUCCUUGAAGAAUCGGUGAAUCUAAAGGGUAAUUGUUUGACCAUCCGGUGUGACAUCAUGGUCCUCAACACCAAUGAUGAUGAUGCCAACCGCGACGAGGUGCUCCCACCUGACGUACACCACCAAUUCAACAAUCUCCUUCAAAAUAAGGUGGGUGCCGAUGUGACAUUUGAGGUCAGCGGUGAGAUGUUCGUCGCACACAGGUGUGUGCUUGCAGCCCGAUCCACGGUGUUCAUGGCACAACUCUUUGGUCCCAUGAAGGAGGGUACCACUAGGUCCGCCAUCAUACAGAUCAAAGACAUGAAAGCAAAAGUGUUCAAGGCUUUGCUUAGCUUCAUCUACACAGACUCAUUCCCUGAGAUGGAGGAGGACAAAGCACAAGUUGCGGAAAAAGGACAAGAAGAGAAUGGAAUGUGGUUGCAAUGGCUUCAAGACUUGUUGGUAGCGGCAGACAGAUAUGAUGUCCAAGGGCUCAAGUUCAUCUGUGAAAAGCAGUUUUCUGAACACCUAGGUGUGAGCUCAGUCAUGUCCACUCUUGCUCUAGCCGAGCAGCACCACUGCCGGUGGUUGAAGGGGGCGUGCUUCAAGUGUCUCCAAGUCCAGCCUCCCUCGCGUUUGCUAACAGUAAUGGAGUCUAGUGGCUGGGAUUAAGGCUGGACACGAGCCGAGCCGAGCCGAGUUUGAUCCGAGCCUGGCUUUGGCUCGCCCUCAAGCGGCUCGGUUC